AUGUUGCCACCCCUGGUCCUUCGAUCUGCCCGAGCGCAACUUCGAGCGUGUUCACCAACCUUUCAAAGUCAGACUCGUUUAUGGAGUCAGCUUGCUAGUCGUCGUUCGAUCGCCGCUCGACAGCCUUUCAUAGGCAAGGCUGUGGCUGUGGCAUCGCUUGGUGCCGCUGCGGCCGUGACGUUCUCAAUGAUGAGCAACCAAGGCAGCAGCUUGACCGAGUGUGAGGAUGUGUCGCAAGUGAAUCAAAUGACAAAGGUUUCUUCGAAGCCUGACGUCUCGAUGCUUGACCCUAACAUUCUCGACGACGAAAGAAAGCCCAUGCGUAAGCGUAUGGAGACGUAUGUCAAGUUGCUCCAGCGACGCCUUGUGGAUAUGAUUGAGGCAGAAGAGAAUGCGGGAAGAGCCUCUCAUGAGCCAAAGCAUUUCACAGUGGAGACUUGGACGCGAAAACAGGGUGGUGAAGGUACAUCUUGCGUGAUCCAAGAUGGCGAGGUGAUUGAAAAAGGUGGUAUUAAUGUGAGUGUGGUGUACGGCAACCUGCCCCCAUCCGCUAUUCGUCAAAUGUCUGCUGAUCAUGACGGCCUCAUUGAGCGCAUCGGUUACAAGGUUGAGGGUCCUGAUGCUCAAGUUGAUGGUCUACCUUUCUUUGCAACAGGCAUCAGUGUGGUGAUCCAUCCCAAGAAUCCUAUGAGUCCAACGUCUCACUUUAACUACCGUUACUUCGAGCUCAUGCACCCAGAAAAGCUCAAGGAUGGAUCACCUAAUCCAAACUACCAUGAAGAGCCUGUCGCAUGGUGGUUCGGCGGUGGUGCUGACUUGACACCUAUGUACCUCUUCCCUGAUGAUGCAAAGCAUUUCCACAGAGUCCUCAAGGAUGCCGCCGACUCGCAAGAUCCUGCAUUCUAUGUUGCAUGGAAGAAGUGGUGCGAUAAGUACUUUUGGUUGACGCACCGUGGCGAAAACCGCGGUAUCGGCGGUGUCUUUUUUGACGACCUGACGCUGCCCAUGUGGAACCAGAGGCGGACUACAUUUAUUCCGCUGAUGGACGGCACCAAUCAGGCAAACCAAGUGCUUGUUUCAUCUAAGCAACACAACAAGGAGUCCCUUUUCCGUGCCGUGCGCGCCAUGGGAGAUGCUUUUAUUCCAGCAUACCUGCCGCUGGUACACAAGCACAAGAAUGACCCCUUCAACGCAGACAACUUGGAGUGGCAGCGCCUGCGCCGCGGAAGAUAUGUUGAGUUUAACCUUGUGUACGAUCGUGGUACCAAAUUUGGUCUCAUGACACCGGGCGCACGAAUCGAGAGUAUCUUGAUGAGUUUGCCGCUAGUGGCACGGUGGGAAUACAUGGAGGGUACAACCGGUACAGCUCGUGAGUCGUCCACAGCUGCCCAUAUAAACGAUGGAGAAAACCGCAAAAAGCAUUCGGAAGACGAAAUGAAGGCCCGUGAAGCCAUGCAAGAUGCUCUGGAGCAUCCGAGAGCGUGGAUUUGA